UCUCAACGUCCCCGCCUCACUCACACGGAAAUGAAAGUACCACUUCCGGUUUUGCGUCCAGGGGAGCCGGAGGCGUUAAUCGGCCCAUUAUAGCACCUUACUCGGGAACUCCGCCUUUCCCUGGGUCUUUCUGGAAAGGCAGUUUUGAUCUGGACCGAGCGGGACAGCGUCCCGGGCUCCUGCGUGUCUCCCCCGCGAUGGCGGAUACGACCCCGAACGGCCCCCAAGGGGCAGGUGCUGUGCAAUUCAUGAUGACCAAUAAACUGGACACAGCAAUGUGGCUCUCUCGUUUGUUCACAGUUUAUUGCUCCGCUUUGUUUGUCCUGCCUCUUCUGGGGUUGCAUGAAGCAGCAAGCUUUUACCAGCGUGCUUUGCUGGCAAACGCUCUCACCAGUGCUCUGAGGCUGCACCAAAGACUGCCACACUUCCAGCUGAGCAGAGCGUUCCUGGCUCAGGCGUUGUUAGAGGACAGCUGCCACUACCUGCUGUAUUCGCUCAUUUUCGUCAACUCCUACCCUGUUACAAUGAGUAUUUUCCCAGUCUUGUUAUUUUCUUUGCUUCAUGCUGCCACGUACACUAAAAAAGUCCUUGAUGCAAAGGGAUCAAAUAGUUUACCUCUGUUGAGAUCAGUCUUGGAUAAAUUAAGUACUAACCAACAAAAUAUUCUGAAAUUUAUUGCUUGUAAUGAAAUAUUCUUGAUGCCUGCUACAGUUUUUAUGCUUUUUAGUGGCCAAGGAAGUUUGCUCCAGCCUUUUAUAUACUACAGAUUCCUUACUCUUCGAUAUUCCUCCAGAAGAAACCCGUAUUGUCGGAACUUGUUCAAUGAGCUGAGGAUUGUUGUUGAGCACAUUAUAAUGAAACCGUCCUGCCCACUGUUUGUGAGAAGACUGUGUCUGCAGAGCAUUGCCUUCAUUAGCAGACUGGCACCAACAGCUUGAAAUUUCCUAGCCAUUUGCAGCAGCAGUUCAGAUGCCUUUGAAAGGAUGUGCUGAAGACUGAGCAUGUGAUCACACGUGUGUGUCCUGAGAUAAUGAAGACUGUUCUGUAGAUUACAUGCUUGUCCAGCAAAUAGGACUCAAAAGGUUGAAUGGAAAGGGUUAUGGGUAAGGUAAUUAAUGGGGAGUGGGCCUGGGCGCAGCUGAGCAGA